AUGGCAGCUUCGGUCGUUCACAUACCUUUGGCGCCGAUGACGCUGGAGAUCAAUGCGGUGUCGUCGGAAUACGUGACUUGGACUUAUAGAUGGAAAAAUGUCGACUUGUCUGCAGAUUUCGAAACUUACUCGCCGAAUUUCGGGCAUCCGGACGGGUGGGUAUGGCGCAUGCUAUUUCAGCAGAACGUGGAUGCGGCAGGGAACCGCGUCUACGGGAUCUUUCUCUACGUUGUCAUGACCGACAACGAACUACAAGAGCGCACGUGGACUCGAGAUAUCCGAUAUCUGCAGUUUUGCAUCCUCAACUCGGAAGGCCGACAGCUUAAGGACAAGACCACGGUCGCACUGUACAGGGAAAACCAGCUCUCGUGGGGAUUUCCAGGAUUGCUCGACAACAGCAUAUUGCUGAGGGAUCCGGUGGUGAACAGCAGACGGACCAUCGACAUCGUUUGCCGUCUGAGAUAUCACCCGAAUCAGGAGAAGCUGCGACGGCCCAUGAGCCCGACGAUACCCGCCAGCUUACUCAGCAACUCGAUAAUAGGCAACGGGCACUCGACAUCGCGCACGGCUCCGAACCCGGCGAGCUACUGGGAUCAACAAAAGGCACCCCAUACGGUCGUGGACCUGGUUGGAAAGCACUUGAAGAAGCUAUUGAACAGCCGCGAAUUCUCGGACUUGGAAAUCGUCGUGGGGCCGGAACAGAAGGUUCUCUAUGCGCACAAGGCAAUUCUUGCCGCGCGGAGCGAGUGGUUUCGUAGUGCUCUGCGCCCCGCAUUCAGGGAAGCUAGGGAAGGGAGGAUCACAGUUCUCGAGGACGAUCCCAAAAUAUUUGAGGCGCUUCUGGAAUUCCUGUACACCGGAGAAUAUCCUCUCUCGAGCCUCGAGAAUAACGUCCGGACGGGGAUGGGGAUGGGGACAGGGACAGGGACAGGGACAGGGUCACGGAUGGUGCAAGCCGCUAAGCCCCAGACACCGAUACAUUUCUCACCGCGCUCGCCGCCGACGAUCCCGCCCCGAGUCAUCGAGGAUUCCAGCUCCUCCGCUAGCAGCAGCAGCGCGUUCUCCGAACCGCCGAGCUCGUUCACCGAAUCGCCCAGUCCCUUCGCCGAAGCGCCCAGCCCUUUUAGCUCAACGCCCAGUCCUUUUAGCUCAACGCCCAGUCCCUUCACCUCGGCGUCCAGCUCGACGGAAGACGCGCCGUUCACUUAUACGAAUACAUACGAGCGCGAGCCGGAUGAAGACGAGGAGCUGGACGAUCAGAAGUUCCAGCUGUUCCUCAUGGCGGAUAAGUAUGGUGUAACGCAGCUCAAGACUCUGAUUCGCCUGCACCUGACGAAUGACCUGUUGGACACUUCCAACAACCUGCAGCCCGGACAGCGGUUGAUACGGUUGAUACGAUUCGCUUUCGAGGAGCUCCCGGAAACGGCAUUGACGAGAACGCCGACUCGAUCCAGCGGUCGUGACAGCGGUGUCGGCAACAGCCUCUCCAACUCGAUUUCCGAGCGUGGCCCCUCCCCCAGCCAUCCGUUCGGCUAUAGUUCGGCCGGCAUGAAUGGCUUCCCCUUCAACGAUUUGGAGAACCGCGAGGGCACUGCAUCGGCAUUCGGACACAAUUCGGAAGGCAGUGAUGUGGGCGUGGCCAUGACCACCGAACGACGGUCUCUGAGCCGGGUAUCGCAGACAUCGACUGCCAGGGACGAGUAUGCUGGAAUUUACGGGAGGGAUAACGAGACGAACAUGCUGAGGGAGAGCAUAACGUCAUACGUCGCCAAGAUGUUUCAUGCUGUGCGAAAUCUGGACGGAUUCGUGGAUCUAUUGCGAGAAGGGGGAGAGAUGGGGGGAUUUGUGAAGAUGGUCUUGGAUAGCAUGUAUCGACCAUAG